CCCCGGCCAGGUUACUGUUACUUUGUUUGAUCUCCUCACGCCCAUCCUCGCCCUGGCCAUCAUGCUGGGUACUACUUUUUUCUAUAUUGGCAAUGGUAUGCCCGUCGUUGGGCUAAAAACAUAUGAGUCAACGAUUGUAUACCCGUCGUUUUUGCAGCUCUGCCUUAGCCCUCCUCUUUUCGUCCCCCCUGCAACGGCUACAAUCGCACCUGUGCCUGGCUUUGCCCACACCCCGGUGGCUAGUCCUAGUCACAUCUCUGGUGUGGCUAUCUUCCAGCUUGCGAUCUCCGACAACUACCAGGCGACUGGGCUCCCACACAACCCCAUUCACCCGUCUACCUGGUAAAUUGCUUUCGUACCAACUGUAUAUCAUCCUGUUUCCAAGAUGUCCCAAUCCAGGCCACAAGUACAUAACCCCCUCCAUAUCCGCCUUCAAGAAUCUCCUCUUCUUCUACCACUUGCUCAACAGACUCUUCUCUUGACUUGUGUCUACAUAUUGACCAUAACAAGUCAUUGAAAAGAAGUUAACUAUACUGAGUGCUUCGUCUCUGCUUUAUUCACAGC